CCUAAAUGCAAUGCAAUCCCACUUGGUUUGCUUCUCCCUGUUUUCUUUGCAUCUCAUUACCUCAUGCGCUGAUUUCGACCUCUGAUUCCUGGGAGACUGCGUGCUUCAUUGUUCAUUACUCCCUAUCAUCAAGUCGAGAUGGCUGGUCCUAACAAAGGUCCUCGUGCUAUGAGCAUAGAAGAUCCUCCAAUCCCAUCUUCCCAUCAGUAUCGAGGAAAACCACGUCUCGAGCGAUAUUUAGGCUUUCUGCCUAUGCUAGCAUUCGCUGCAACCCUGCAGGCGUCCUGGGAAUCCCUGGGCUCCAGUCUAUAUGCAGGAUUGUUGAACGGUGGUCCAGUCGCAAUUAUAUACGGCAUGAUACUAUCCUUUACUGGCUCUCUGAGUUUAACUCUAUCCAUGGCAGAGAUGGCCUCAAUUAAUCCCGUAGCUGGUGCUCAGUACCACUGGACAUAUGAGCUGGCACCUUUUGCUCCUCGAUUUCUGAGUUUUAUCCAAGGCUGGAUCACGGUCAUAGCAUGGUGGGCAAAUGUCGCCGUCGGGCCAUACUUGGUUGGGACUGAGAUUCAGGGACUCCUUGUGCAGAACUAUCCCUCCUACGUCCCACAAGGCUGGCAUGGGACUCUUCUCGUUUUUGCAGUCUUAGCUCUUCCCCUGUUGGUCAACAUCUUUGCCCGCCGUCUUCUCGCACCUGUCGAAGUACUGUCAGGUGUCAUUCAUAUUCUAUCCUACCCGGCAAUCAUGGUUGUCAUGAUUGUGCUAGGGCAACGCCAUACAAAUGAAUUUGUAUGGACCGAAUUUGUCACUGACCAGAGUGGAUGGCACAACAGUGGGGUUAUAUAUUCCAUUGGCUUGCUAACAGCAGCCUUCGCUCUGAGCAGCUUUGACGGUGUUAUCCACAUGUCAGAGGAAGUCAAUGACGCGCCUAGAGCUGUUCCCCGGGCGAUGGUUUGGGGUCUGGUAUUGAAUGCCAUCCUUGCAUUUGGCUUUGCCAUUGCUUUGCUAUAUACCAUGGGAGAUUUUCAGAAAGCACUGAACUCGGCGACCGGAUACCCCAUUAUUGAGAUAUUUUAUGCUCAGACCGGGUCAAAAGCGGCAGCCAGUGCAAUGAUGCUGCCAAUUCUUCUUUCAGGCUGCUAUUCGUCCUUCAAUGUCCUGGCAUCCGUUAGCCGGCUCACAUGGGCAUUUGCGCGAGAUGAAGGUUUCCCAUUCUCAUCGUUUUUCGCAUAUGUCUCACCCCGGUAUAAGAUUCCUCUCCGAUCCCUUUUCCUAGUCACGACAAUCACGAUCCUAAUUGCAUUGAUCAACAUUGGCUCUUCAGCUGCUUUUAAUGCCGUCUUGUCUCUGGACACCCUCGCCCUUUACAUCUCCUACCUAGUCCCUGUUCUCUUCAUGCUAAUCAAGCGCAUUCACGCUCCGGGUGAUAUUAAUUGGGGUCCAUUUACCUUGGGGAGAUUUGGUAUUCCGAUCAAUGUUUUUGCCGUCCUGUACGGCACUUACAUUACCAUCUUCCUUCCUUGGCCUGAAACCCAACCCGUCACGGCGAGCAGCAUGAACUAUGGUGCUCCGGUGUUUGGCAUUGCUCUGUUAUUCGCAGUGAUUGACUGGUUCGUUCGGGGGCACAAGAAGUGGAAUGGACCCACAGUGAUGCCGGAGCCAAAGUAG